CUGGAAGAGUUCAAAGAAUUGCGGAAUCUAGAGCUUGGGGCAAACAAGAUAAGAGAAAUUGACAACCUUGACACAUUGGCAGCUCUUGAAGAGCUAUGGCUCGGAAAGAACAAAAUAUCCGAGAUUAAGAACAUUUCCUCACUUACUAACCUUAAAAUACUUUCAAUGCCUUCCAAUCGAAUUGAAAAACUCUCUGGACUGGAGUCUCUUUCAAGCCUCGAGGAGCUCUACCUAUCGGAUAAUCUACUUACUGAGAUAUCUGGGCUUGAAAACAACGCAACUCUCCGUGUCUUAGAUAUAUCCAAUAACAAAGUGUCGCGGCUAGAAAAUCUGUCGCAUCUCACCAAAUUAGAGGAGCUCUGGGCAUCCAAUAACCAGCUUGCUAGCUUUGAAGAAGUUGAGCGCGAACUGAAGGACAAAGAGGAGUUGAAUACAGUGUACUUUGAAGGGAACCCCCUACAGAAAGCAGCUCCUGCUCUGUACCGGAAUAAAGUACGGCUUGCUCUACCUCAAAUUAAGCAAAUCGACGCCAGUAAGUGUUCUCUAUUACCAGAUAUCUGUUUUUUUCUUUUGGCGUGCAAUCCAUGCAAUAGCUUCCGCUGA